AUGACAGGUAAUAACCAUCAAUUAUAAAAAUUUUACUUAUACGGUCACUACGUACCUAAUACAAGUGUUUUUCCCAAGUCCUUAUAGUAUGGUAUGAAAGGAAACUUCAGUAAGCCUUCAGACGCUAGCUGAAAGUAGACCUUUUGCAUUCUUGAGCAAUGGUUUUGCCCGAAUCUUUUGAAAAUCUAAAAUGUUUCAAGGCACAUGAGGAAGGAAAGGUUCUCGGUACUUUCGGUUAGCGUCCGUCGCUGGUCUACCUUGGUACCUUGGUGUUUUUCUCCUGUAUCUGUUAAAAACCUCAAGUCCCACUGAAAAAAAAUUGAAAACAAUUAAGCGUUUUCACAUGACGUCACGGUGGCCAUGUUGGUGUACCGAGAGUUGAAUUCUUUUCUUAUGGAAACGCUUUCUUUUGUUGCAACAAUUUGCAUAGAUGCUGACCACGUGAGUGAAAACGCUCUAUGUUUAAACUACUUUCAGGGAAUGACGUAACUGUUUAGUUGCCAAUUAGGUCAGGUGAGAAAGCGGAGGGUUGGUCGAUUGUUUAAGGUCAUUCCCUUGAAAAUGAUCUACUAUGCAGAUUUUCAAACUUGGCAAAAAUGUCAGGACUUUAGCCCUGUGUGCCCGUAAUUCUGAGGUUUUUUUCCUAGUUGCGCGCGAAGUGUUCGAAUUUAAAACAACCGUCAAAAAUUCUUAUUUUAUAGCAAAACGUAUCAAUCUUACCAAAACCGUAAGCCCAUUUGUUCGUCUGAGCUAUAUUUUUUCAGUUAAGACACCUCAAAUUACCCGAUUUUGAAAAAAAAAAUAUAGAGAAAUGGACAGUUUUAUCAUGGUACUUCUCUGUGGCUCUAACUGAGGAAAUUCGUGUCAUUCAUACCUAACAAAAAUAAAACUUCCACUAUCCAGAUUUUUUCUCCUAAAUAUAUAUUUUUGUGCAGCCAUAACGAGUAAAAAGCACAUAUAAAAACGGGGGCUCACCGUUCUCGUUUCAUCACAAAACGACAACAAAGGGAUGUUUCUGGCUUUAAAUGAUCAUUUUGCGAGAGAGGACUGGGGCGAGGACUGGAGCAUAACUUUCUAACAAAGGUGACCAAUUUCGUUGGACGAAGAACAUAAAAAUUUUAUAGCGGCGGUGAGAAAAAAGGGAACAGUGCUAGCUGCUACCAAGGUGAAAAUAAACGGCGGCGGCGACGAAAAAAAAAAAGUAAACAGGAACACAUAAAACGUGUAUAUAACUAGAAAGUUUCUCGUUGCCGUCGUGCAAAACAACGGCAAAGAAAUGUAUAAAAAAAGUGUGCUGCACGUGCAAAGUUUUUGUUUUUUGCUAAUUAGACCUACUGAUGUUUUUUUGGCUGUUCUCGUUCCCGUCGCCGUUUAGCAUUAUACGAUUUUAUAUUUUGUAUGAGUAAACUAUAGAUAUUAACGAGAGCUUCGCUUUUAGCCCUGGCUAAAUCUAUAUAUUAGAGUUAAUACAUUUAGCACUGAAGUUUUAGUUUAAUUUGGACUUCCAAUCCUGUCAUGGAGCUCUCGUCAUGGUCUGUUUGCUAGCCAUGGUCUACCUGUAUGCUAUUAAAAGUUCUUGCCAAGGUGAUGUUGGGCAUAUGAUCGAUAAAAUUCAUAGUGAAUUUAAGUAACUUAAUUUUUUUUCGCCUUUCAGGUGAUAUAUAUUGUUUAUAUCCAUUUUGUAAACGUAAAUUUCAAUCUCAGUACAAGUUUACCCCCCGCGCCCUAAAGCAACAUUUGGAAAACCCAGGCAAUUGGCAUGAGACAAAAGGUAAUAUUAGCAAUUAUAAGAGUUCUACAUAAAGUUUAUUUAUUCUUUAGUCCUAAUAGACGGCAUGGUGGGUCAAUGAGUCAUUUAAACAAAAAAGAAUCACUGAAUACUAACUGUUAUCGAGUCAGUGUUUAACCCUGCCUAAAAACUAUAGACACUCUGUAUGGGUAUUUGUAUCAAAUUGUAGAAAUUUCUUAUGUAGUAGUAUAAGUAAUGGUAGCAGGGCUGAGUGGAGUCCAGUUCGGUCUGUAAUCAUACUCGUGAUUAACAAAAUCACGCGGGAGUCCGAUUUGUUUAAUCACGGCUAUGAUUGGCCGAAUUUAUACUAGAAACGAAUUAUCCGUCUCAGACGGAUAACCCGUCUCUAGUAUAAAUUCGGUGCUAAGACGAAUUAUGGAGCAAAAUUCGUCUGAGGCUGAUUCGUCUGUUAGCACGUCUUCAAGCGGUGCUGACAGACGGAUAAUUCGUCUUAGACAGAUUAUUCGUCUCCAAAUUUGACGAAGUUUCCACAUGAGAGGGACUGGUUUCUCUAUUUUCGCAAUGUUUCCUGUUUCCCACGGUUGUUUCCCGCUUAAAAUAUCUAGACAAAUUAUGGAGCAAAAUUCGUCUUCGGAUUUAUACUUAGACGGAUUAUUCGUCACUGACGGAUAAUCCGUCUAGACGGAUAACUCGUUUCUAGUAUAAAUUCGGCCAUUACAGACCGAAUUGGACGACACGAAGUUCUGUUACCAAUUAAUCAUGACUUUAACAAAAUUUGUGAUAUAUUAAGCUCUUUUAUAGAAUCAAAACGCAAGAAAUUCCGAGAAUUUUUUUAGUUAGCAGUGAAAAAAAAAAAAAGCCAUUUUGGAUGACUCGACCCAGUUAUUUUGUGAGGGUACCAUCCUACUUUGAAGCUCUCUGGUAUCCCCACCUUUACUUUAAUCGUAAGUCUAACAUAUAGCAUGGACUACAUAUAGAUCGAUCUACAAUGUAGCAUAAAAUUUUUGGCUAUCGGAGUAAAUGUCACGUGGUUAUAGUGCCACUCCUCUUUGGGGUCUGAGUCGAAAUUUUGCUGUUGCCGGCAUUUUUUUGUAAAAAUCUCUCGGCUACAUAUAAAGGCUCGGGAAAUUAUAAGGAUUUGGACAAAACGCGCGUGAAAUUAUUCCCUAAUUUCACUCGUCACCAUUUGAUUACACAUACAAAUUUAUCGCUUUAUUUUGGGGAUGGGUAAAUGCGAUUUUGGUGAAACUCUGUUCAACCUACUGGAUGAAUAAGAAGUUAAAACUGAAAGCAAUAGUAAGUGUGUGUAGAAAAGCAGCUGCUAGCAGGGAAAUUGGAGUGAAACAUCAUUUUACCUGCUUUGUAACACACCUCAGUGGCUCGUGUUUCCGCCCCACUCCACGGGGCCGGAAAUUUUUCUUACAAAAUUUAAAAUAAAUAACUAGAUCAUUUUACAUCUUGAGAUGUUGUUCGAUGUUGUGCAAACGAACCAGAAAAUUUACGAUUAAUUAGGCAAUCCAGUUGCCUCCAAGAACUACACUUCGUAACAGUGACUUGAAUUGUUUUUUUAGGACUCCUUGAUCGAGCUUUAAGUAGCGUCGAAGUGAAUAUAUUCAUACGUGAUUAUCUGCAGCCAGAUAAAGAAUUUCAUAAUUUGUAUAAUGAUGCGAUUGAUUCCUUGUACAAAGAACUACAAAGACUCUUGCGGGAUACAUUGUAUGGAAUUCAUAACUUGAUCGAGGUUAGUUGCGCGACAACCUUCCCUCCGCCCUCCAACCACUCGAAAGAAAACGCAGAGGCAAAAGAAUCGGUUUAGAUGCCGUUAACUUCCAACAAAAUCCCUAGAAGAUGCUGGAUGUGUUUAAAAAGUAGCACCCCAAAAGCAGCUAGCAGUUGAAAUGUUUGCUUUAGUCUUAUAUUUAAUAUGCGCAAUGAGUAGAUUUACGAUUUACGAUAAGCGUACUAGCCAGGGCGGAUAAAGGUUGGGCGGUGAAACGAGCGCUCCGCUCUUCAUUUAAUGUGUGAUGCGGAGUAGGACUGGCACGAGCGCUCUUUCCGCGCUUCCGGUGCGCUUCAAGGCCGGCGAAAUUUUCCUUUUUGCAAACCGGAAAUCCUAUUUUCUUUCUGUAAUUUCAGGCUACAAUGUUAAAUAGAUAAAUUCGUUUCAUAACAAUAUGAAUAAACAGUUUCAUAUGUUUGUGUCUGUACGUCUAGAAGUCAAACUUGUUGGUCGUAUAAUGCCAAAAUUUGAGUUUAAUUUGAAAGUGUUGAAUACCUCCUCCUUCCACUUAAUAUCACCUAAUCGUCUUUCGCCGUUUCGUUUGCAAAAGCUUAACACUUCUUAACCUCAAUUUUUACAUAUGUUAAAGGGGGAUAAAUUUUAUAUAACAUAACAGAAAAUUAGAUUGAUAUAUAUUGAUAUAGUGGCGUUGUACUUCUUCAAACUUUGCUUCUCGGGUGCAACGCGCCAUGGCGAUUCGCGCAAUGCGUUGCAAAUCCGGCAACCGCAUGUAAACAAAAUUUAUUGAGGUUAGUUGUAAGGUUUUUUCUCAGUUUUUCUCUCUAAAACUAAACAAGGUAAACAGUAAAAACUGAGGGGAAACUAAUUUUGAAGUUUCGAACAAACAGAAAGACGUAUGAGAUGUUUUUUUCAAAAUUAAAAAGAAGGAUGAUGGUGAUUGAAAUUAGCAUAAUUUCACCUUGCGCGAGCUGCACGCAUUUAUAAAAUAAUGAAACACGAUCCGCUGUCAUUUAGUUUUGCCUUGGAUGACAUGGAUGAGAUUUUCCUUCGUGUUUUAGACAGUACUUAGUUGUUUUUGUUUUGAAAUAACAUCGACAUUGGCGAGUAGCAGAACGAAAAUAUAAUUCAGUGGUAGAGUCAUGGAAGUAAUAAAAGAAACCCUUUGAAAGAGAUGUUUGUCUACCCCAACUAAACCUCCCGCAAAAAUUAGCAACAUUUGCCUCUCGGAGACAGCGUACCAGCACAAAGGAACGAGGAAGAAGUGCAAGAAAAUAAAUCAAGCUGCCAUAAUUCAGUGACAGCGGCAGUGUCUAAUGUACAAACCACAUCGCAAGCCCUGACCGAAGUCGAAAACAAGCGACAUUUCUAAGCAGAGUCCCAGUCCACUGCAUCACACCUUUUUGCUCGGACGCGCUCGUUUCACCGCCCAACCUUUAUCCGCCCUGGUACUAGCCUCCCACGCAGGCGUUUUUAGGGGAGCUCGUAUUUCGUCCCUCCCCACAAACGCCUGCUCAACUGAGAACAAUACUCCUUUCCCAAGCUUAGCCAAUCACAUUGUAUUUUCCAAAUUCUGGAAAGUUGACCUUGACCGGAUGAAACCCCGGGAUGAAACACAAGGAAAGCUUUAUGACCUCUGAUAAAUGUUAGACUCAGAGCGGCAAAAGUAAGAUUUAGUGAGUUUUUAGAAUACUCCAUUCACUGCACAACCUUAGCGAAGGAAAGAAAAGAAGGAGAAAGGUAACUCUGGGGUCACGUUUUUACAUUACCACAAGGUUAUGAGUCGUGUUUAGCCUGUCAACACUUUCACAACUGUUUAUUGGUCACUUACCACAAUGGGAAGGGAAUGUUGUUCUCGGUUGAGCAGGCGUUUGAGGGGAGGGACGAAAUACGAGCUCCCUAAAAACGCCUGCGUGGGAGGCUAAUGAAGAAUUUGAGGACGCCAGUGUCCAGGGUGCUCUUAUAGUCUUAGAGCAGGUGUCCCUUACCCUCUCUCCCCAAUCCCCCUCCUUUUUUCCCUUCCUCCCUAUCCCCUACCCAUUUCGACUCCCGCUACGCAAGCUACUUAAUCGCAAAAUAGUUCUGGUGAGACAUCAUGUAAUGGGUCGGAUCCAGGGCAUUACCGUCGAAAAGAUGGUGAUGAUUUUCUUGCAUUUAAAUAAAGAAUACGUGUAAUAUAUGCGUUUAAACAGGUUUGAUCGAAAGCAGAUGACUGGAAAGUGUUGGAAAAUAUACGUAGUUUGAGUUGGUUACAAAUAAAUAGAAAUGAGAUUAAGGUCAUUACUGAGUAGCCUCCCAGGCGAUAGACUGAUACUUUUGGUCCCCUCAGUGCCGAUCUUGACGAGUAGGACUAACAAGGGUCGAGAUGUUGCGAAGAUACAUAGCACGAAAGUGACUGAAAAAUCUCGGCUAUGAAUAGAUUCUACAUACCUACCUUGUCUUUGUAGGGUGGAUCCAUUGCAAAAGGCACUGCACUAAAAAAACACUCCGACUUGGAUUGCGUGAUGGUUAUGAAGAAGAUUAAAAACGCUGACCAGUUGAGCAGGAAACUGCCCUUCAUCUUGACUGACCUAGAGUCACGCUUGAGGAGGAGCUGGAAAGGGGACCCAUGGAAAUUGAAAUCCAUAAAGAAAUCUACAUACUUAGUGCAGUUUAAAAUGUCACGUUAUUCUGAAGAUGUCAAGGUCGAUCUCUUGCCAAGAUUUGAAGCAAACGUAGGCACUGAUGCUGGUACGUACCUAAUCACAUCAGGCUAGUUGGGUUGCUCAUAAUUAAGUUUGUCAGUAUAUGGCUUUCUUCCAAAGCCAUUGAUAACUCAACAAAACUUCAUUCCCAGGGCUUCACCCAUUUUAAGGAAAAAAGGCUGGGGAGGCACUUAGCUCAAUUCCUCACUCCAGAACCUUAUAUAAGGGAAACGAGGUUAAGUUUUCGGCGCAAUGAUUUCUGGGAUCGCUUGGGUGGACAAGCGUUAGUUGUGAUUGGCCGAUGGUAUUCAAGGCAACCAUUAACCAAUCAGAAGAAACGAUUUUCCAUCCAAACGAUCCCAGAAAUCCAACCUCGUCCCCAGGACUUUUCCCACCCACUUUUUGAGAGAAAAGCCCUGGGGACGAGGUUGCCAGAAAUCGUUGUUUAAAGUUUGAACUCGUUCUCCUUAUAGUUACUGGAGUGAGGAAUUCCUAGUCAUACAAAAAUAAAAAAUAAACCUUGACCCUGGCCAGGGGGCCCGUAUCUCGAAAAUCCCGACAAUUAAUGGAAACGGAAAGCUGUUGUUGUUUACACUAAAAUCGAGGUUUCAAUAGUUAACAUUAUAACAUGAUAAAAAAAUUAGUUAACAAAACAAAAUGGACUGGUUUGUUAGCUAGCACCCGCGCUCUUUUUCUUUAGAUUUCGAUUUGAAUAUUUGGUUUCAUGAUCAGUCCCGUAAAGUUAACGCGAAUUCUGAGAAGCGGACACCAGGACUUUUUAGCGCGCGGGAAAAUGGUGGGGACAAGGUUAAACUUAACGCUCUUAACCCAACGUAUCUUAAUAGAUUUUAAUAUAGUCACUGAAACUUGCUUAGCUAUUUUGGCCGGUUAGAGUUUUUUUUCUGGUUUCUUUCUCUAUUUUGGUUCAUUUUUAUUGUUUCUUGUUGCUGGACUUGUUUUCUCCAGCUACGCCAGUCCUCAAUAAAUAAUUUAUCCAUUAAAGUUAUGGGCGUAGCUUUAAUGACUUCAACAGUGAUUUUUAGAUUGUUGGCUAACUGCUUAUUAGUGAAGCUAUGUGCGCAAUCCGUGAGAAGCGAGUUAUGCAAAUCUUUUAUGAUGUUGAAUCUGAGGAGAAAUUUAAUGUUCUCUUAGAAAGAGCAGAGUUCUACAGUCAAAUGAUGGACGAUGAAGAAAACUGGGAAUACUAUUCGGCUGCUCUUGUGAAGUUACAAGUAAAGUUCGUCACGGAACCCGUGGAACGCCGGCCUGAAAACCUAAAAAACCUGAUUCGCCUGGUGAAGUAUUGGCGCAAGACGUACAUUCCACAGACUGGUCACGAGCGACUCCCGCCCUCGUACUUACUGGAGCUUCUCACAAUACAUGCCUGGGAAGAAGCAAAAUGUCCCAAGAAGUUUAACGUAAAGAUUGGUUUUAAAGCUGUUAUGGAGCUUCUAAAGAAUCACAGCAACCUUGGUGUCUCUUGGAAAGAUUACUACUCGAAGAGUAUAUUAAUUGAAAACAGGUACUUUCAUAGGGUGUUUAGAAUCAGUUUACCAGAGAACUAAAAGAGGUGCUUUUAUGUGUUUCAGUUACUUUCUCGAGGACACAGUCCCCCUUGGAUGUUUGCAAAUCGGUAACUUUCCCCUUUUCCUCCUCCUGAAGCCCUGAGUCCGUUAGCCUUUUUGUAUGAACUUUUCACUUAAUUUCAUAAAGCUAAGAAUAGCUCUCCAGGUAAGAAAUUCAUAAAACGUCUUGGUAAUUGUAAAAUUACACAAUCCUACAAAUCUUCUAUCAUAUAGCUGAUUUAUUUAUUGCAUAUUUUAUUUUCUCUCCUUUUUAGUGAUAUUUUGCACUUUAGUCUUGAGGAUCCACAUGUUAUUGACCCAGCAAACCCAACAAACAACCUGUACGACGCUGUUGACUGCUGGGAUGAGGUGGAAAAGGUUGCAAAAGAAACCAUGCAGAAACCCCUUCUCAGUGACGUACUACGGGUUACUGAUAACUGGAAUUGA